UUUUUUAAGAUACGGGAUGAAAACGAAGUCUGGAAGGCAGCAGAGUAACAACAGUAAAUUAAAGCCUGUUACGUUCGUCAAAUCAACGGAGCCAAAUAUCUUGAUGAAAAAUAUCAAUGGAGUUCACGAAGGAUCGGAAGGUGUUUCCUCAGAUGAUUCAGAUAUUAAAGUGCCAAAAACCGCUUCGAAUGGGAAAGUCAAAAUAUACUCUCCAUCUAAAAAUGGCAUUGCUUCAGAUUCUGACGAUUCGUCUGAGGAUGAAAAAGCAGCAAUGCCCGCAGUUGUAAAGAAAGGCAACUUUGCGGUUAUGUCCAAGGAAGCUAAGUCUUAUUUGGGGUCUUUAAAGACGGUCGUCAAAACACAACAGCUGAAGACCGUUGUAACUGUGAACCCUCUGGUUACCAAUGAUGAUUCUGACGAUUCUUCUGACGACGAACCGAAAAAGUCCCUUAAAGCAACAAAACCAAAGGUCACUGCGCCUCCGAAGCCUCAGGUUGCCAACGAUGAUUCUGACGACUCUUCAGAAGACGAGCCUGAAAAGCUCGUAGCUGAAUCUAAAGCGAAGCCUGUUGCACCUCCGAAAAGGUCUGUUACAACCCCGAAGAUGCCUAGUGCCCACGAGGAUUCUGACGAUUCAUCAGACGACGAACCUAAAAAGCUCGUUACGGCAUCUAAAGCAGAGCCUGUUGCACCUCCGACACGACCUGUAACCACUCCGAAGUCGCCUGUUGCCCACGAUGAUUCUGACACUUCUUCAGACGAAGAUCCUAAAAAGCCCGUUCCAGCAAGUAAAACGAAGCCUGUUACAUCUCUAAAGCCGCAUGUUGCCCGCGAUGACUCUGACGAUUCUUCAGGCGACGAGCCUAAAAAGCUUGUUACAGCAGCUAAAGCGAAGCUGGUUGCUCCUCCAAAACCGCUCGUUACAACUCCGAAGCCGCCUGUUGCUGACGAUGAUUCUGACGCUUCUUCAGACGAUGAGCCUAAAAAACCUGCCACCUCUCCGAGGCCGCAUGCUACAACAUUGAAAAAGCCUAUUGCCAAGGACGAUUCUGACGAGUCCUCAGAUAACGAGCCUAAAAAGCCCGUUGCAGCAAAUAAAACGAAGCCUGUUGCACCCUUGAAGGCGCCUGUUGCCAAUGAUGGUUCUGACGAUUCUUCAGACGACGAACCUAAAAAGCCCGUUACAGCAACUAGAGCGAAGCAUGUUACAGCUUCGAAGCCGCCUGUUGAUAAUGAUGAUUCUGACGAUUCUUCAGAUGACGAGCCUAAAAAUCUUGUUACAGCAGCUAAAGCGAAGCUGGUUGCUCCUCCAAAACCGCCCAUUACAACUCCGAAGCCGACUGUUGCUGCCGAUGAUUCUGACGAUUCUUCCGACGACGAGCCUAAAAAACCUGUCGCCUCUCCGAGGCCGCAUGCUACAACAUUGAAAAAGCCUAUUGCCAAGGACGAUUCUGACGUGUCCUCAGAUAACGAGCCUAAAAUACCUGUUGCAGCAACUAAAACGAAGUCUGUUACAGCUCUAAAGUCGCAUGUUGCCCACGAUGUUUCUGACGGUUCUUCAGAUGACGAGCCUAAAAAGCCUGUUGCACCAAUUAAAACGAGGCCUGUUACAGCUCCGAAGCCGCAUGUUGCCAAUGAUGAUUCUGACGAUUCUUCAGAAGACGGGCCUAAAAAGCUUGUUACAGCAGCUAAAGCGAAGCUGGUUGCUCCUCCAAAACCGCCCGUUACAACUCCAAAGCCGCCUGUUGCUGACGAUGAUUCUGACGAUUCUUCAGACGACGAGCCUAUAAAACCUGUCGCCUCUCCGAGGCCGCAUGCUAAAACAUUGAAAAAGCCUAUUGCCAAGGACGAUUCUGACGUGUCCUCAGAUAACGAGCCUAAAAUACCUGUUGCAGCAACUAAAACGAAGCCUGUUACAGCUCUAAAGUCGCAUGUUGCCCACGAUGGUUCUGACGAUUCUUCAGAUGACGAGCCUAAAAAGCUUGUUACAGCAGCUAAAGCGAAGCUGGUUGCUCCUCCAAAACCGCCCGUUACAACUCCGAAGCCGCCUGUUGCUGACGAUGAUUCUGACGAUUCUUCAGACGACGAGCCUAAAAAACCUAUCGCCUCUCCGAGGCCGCAUGCUACAACAUUGAAAAAGCCUGUUGCCAAGGACGAUUCUGACGAGUCUUCAGAUAACGAGCCUAAAAUACCUGUUGCAGCAACCAAAACGAAUCCUGUUACAGCUCCGAAGCCGCCUGUUGCCAAUGAUGAUUCUGACAAUUCUUCAGAAGACGAGCCUAAAAAGCUUGUUACAGCAGCUAAAGCGAAGCUGGUUGCUCCUACAAAACCGCCCGUUACAACUCCAAAGCCGCCUGUUGCUGACGAUGAUUCUGACGAUUCUUCAGACGACGAGCCUAAAAAACCUAUCGCCUCUCCGAGGCCGCAUGCUACAACAUUGAAAAAGCCUAUUGCCAAGGACGAUUCUGACGAGUCCUCAGAUAACGAGCCUAAAAUACCUGUUGCAGCAACUAAAACGAAGCCUGUUACAGCUCUAAAGUCGCAUGUUGCCCACGAUGGUUCUGACGAUUCUUCAGAUGACGAGCCUAAAAAGCUUGGUACAGCAGCUAAAGCGAAGCUGGUUGCUCCUCCAAAACCACCCGUUACAACUCCGAAGCCGCCUGUUGCUGACGAUGAUUCUGACGAUUCUUCAGACGACGAGCCUAAAAAGCCUGUUGCAGCAACCAAAACGAAUCCUGUUACAGCUCCGAAGCCGCCUGUUGCCCACGAUGAUUCUGACGAUUCUUCAGACGAAGAGCCUAAAAAACUUGUUGAAGCAACUACACCGAAGCCUUUUGCACCUCCGAAGCCUCCUGUUUCUAUGGAUGAUUCUGACGAUUCCUCAGACGACGAGCCUAAAAAGCUCGUUACGGCAUCUGCAACGAAGCCUGCUGUUGCACCUCCGAAGCCACCUAUUACAACUCCGAAGCCGCCUGUUGCUGACGAUGAUUCUGACGAUUCAUCAGACGACGAGCCCAAAAAGCCUGUUAAAGCAACUAAAACGAAGCCUGUUACAGCUCCCAAUCCGCCUGUUGCCCAUGAUGAGUCUGACGAUUCUUCAGACGACGAGCCUAAAAAGCUUGUUACACCAGUUAAAGCGAAGUCGGUUGCUACUCCAAAACCAUCUGUUACAACUCUGAAGCCGCCUGUUGCUGAUGAUGAUUCUGACGAUUCUUCAGACGACGAGCCUAAAAAGCUCGUUGCAGUUUCUGCAGCAAAGCCUGCUGUCGCACCUCCGAGGCAACCUGUUACAACUUCGAAGCCGCCUGUUACUGACGAUGAUUUUGACGAUUCAUCCGACGACGAGCCCAAAAAGCCUGAGACAGCAACUAAAACGAAGCCUGUUACAGCUCCCAAUCCGCCUGUUGCCCACGAUGAUUCUGACGAUUCUUCAGACGACGAGCCUAAAAAGCUUGUUACACCAGUUAAAGCGAAGUCGGUUGCUACUCCAAAACCACCUGUUACAACUCUGAAGCCGCCUGUUGCUGAUGAUGAUUCUGACGAUUCUUCAGACGACGAGCCUAAAAAGCUCGUUACAGUUUCUGCAGCAAAGCCUGCUGUUGCACCUCCGAGGCAACCUGUUACAACUUCGAAGCCGCCUGUUACUGACAAUGAUUUUGACGAUUCAUCCGACGACGAGCCCAAAAAGCCUGUUACAGCUGCCAAUCCGCCUGUUGCCCACGAUGAUUCUGACGAUUCUUCAGACGACGAGCCUAAAAAGCUUGUUACAGCAGCAAAAGCGAAGUCGGUUGCUACUCCAAAACCAUCUGUUACAACUGUGAAGCCGCCUGUUGCUGACGAUGAUUCUGACGAUUCAUCAGAUGACGAGCCUAAAAAGCCUGUUUCAGCUACUAAAACGAAGCCUACUACUGCUGCUUCGAAGCCACGUGUUACAACACUGAAAAUGACUGUUGCCAACGACGGUUCUGACGAUUCCUCAGACGACGAGCCUAAAAUGCCUGUUGCAGCAAAUAAAUUGAAGCCUGUUGCACCUCCGAAGCCGCCUGUUGCCAAUGAUGAUUCUGACAAUUCUUCAGAAGACGAACCUAAAAAACUUGUUACGGUAACUAAAACGAAGCCUGUUACAGCUCCAAAGCUGCCUGUUGCCAAUCAUGAUUCUGCAGACGACGUGCCUAAAAAGCUUGUUACAGCAUCUAAAGCGAAGUCGGUUGCUCCUCCGAAACCGCCUAUUUCAACUCUGAGGACUCCAGUAGCCAAUGAUGUUUCUGACGAUUCCUCAGACGAGCCAAAAAAGCCGUUCGCAGCGACCAAAGUGAACCCUGUUACUACUCGGAAACCGGUUGCACCUCCGAAGCCCCCGGCUGCCAAUGAUGAUUCUGACGACUCAUCGGACGACGAGCCGAAAAGAAGACCUGUUACAUCGAAGAAGACGAGGACUGUUGUAAGCCCAAAGCCUGAUGCGACUCCAAAACCUCCUGUUGGCAGUGAUGAGUCUGACGAUUCUUCAGACGGCGAACCGAAAAAUCCUGCAAAUAAACCGAAGCCUGGUGCAACUCCGCAGCCUCUAGCUCGAAAUGACGAUACGGACGAUUCUUCAAACGACGAGCCGAAAAGGCCUGUUACAGAGAAUAAGCCCAAGCUUUUCGCAAAUCCGAAGCUUGUAGGAACUCCAAAACCUCAUGUUGCCUGUGAUGAUUCUAACUAUUCUUCGGACGGCGAUUCUAAAGAGCCUGUUGCAUCAACUAAACCGAAGCCUGUUGCACCCCUGAAGGCGCCUGUUGCCAAUGAUGGUUCUGACGAUUCUUCAGACGACGAACCUAAAAAGCCCGUUACAGCAACUAGAGCGAAGCAUGUUACAGCUUCGAAGCCGCCUGUUGAUAAUGAUGAUUCUGACGAUUCUUCAGACGACGAGCCUACAAAGCCUGUUACAGCAACUAAAGCGAAGCCUGUUACAACUCCAAAACCUCCUGUUGACAGUAAUGAUUCUGACGAUUCUUCAGACGACGAACAUAAAAAGCCCGUUACAGCAACUAAAGUGAAGCCUGUUAUAGCUCCGAAACCGCCUAUUGCUGAUGAUGUUUCUCACGAUUCUACAGACGACGAGCCCAGAAAGUUUGUUACAGCAUCUAAAGCGAAGCCGGUUGCUCCUCCAAAACCGCCUGUUACAACGCCGAAACCACCUGUUGCUGAUGAUGAUUCUGACGAUUCUUCAGACGACGAGCCUAAAACGCUUGUUACAGCAUCUAAAACGAAGCGUGUUGCAACUCCGAAGCCGCCUGUUGCCAAUGAUGAUUCUGGCGAUUCUUCAGAAUACGAGCCUAAAAAGCUUAUUACAGCAGCUAAAGCGAAGCCGGUUGCUCCUCCAAAACCACCUGUUACAGCGCCGAAAUCACCUGUUGCUGAUGAUGAUUCUGACGAUUCUUCAGACGACGAGCCUGAAACGCUUGUUACAUCAUCUAAAGCGAAGCGUGUUGCAACUCCGAAGCGGCCUGUUGCCAAUGAUGAAUCUGACGAUUCUUCAGACGACGAGCCUAAAACGCUUGUUACAGCAUCUAAAGCGAAGCGUGUUGCAACUCCGAAGCGACCUGUUGCCAAUGAUGAAUCUGACAAUUCUUCAAAAGACGAGCCUAAAAAACUUGUUAAAGCAACUACACCGAAAUCUGUUGCACCUCCGAGGCCGCCUGUUACAACUCAAAAGCCUCCUGUUGCCCGCGAUGAUUCUGACGAUUCUUCAGACGACGAGCCUAAAAAGUCUGUUACAGCAACUGAAGCGAAGCCUGUUGCAACUCCGAAGCAGCCUGUUGCCAAUGAUGAUUCUGACGAUUCUUCAGACGAAGAACCUAAGAAGCCCGUUUCAGCAAAUAAAGCGAAUCCUGUUACAACUCCGAAGCCGCAUGCCAUUGUUGAUUCUGAAGAAUCUUCAGACGGCGAGCAGAAAAUGUCUGUAUCAGCAAGAAAAAAUACUCCUGCAGUAACAGCCAACUCAGUCAACAGCGAUUCUACAGAUGAUUCAGAAGAAAAUGUUAAUACGUCUCAAAAAAGAAAGCUGAAGACUAUUUCCUCAGAAACAAUUGAUCAACCACCUGCGAAGAAACUCAACAAGAGUCUGAAUCAGCUCAGUGAUGCAAACCAGCCUGAACACGAGACAAAAGCACAAUCAGAAAAUUACCUUAAUCAACAGUCAGGAAGGAAGAGGAAAUUCGAUUGGCAAGAAACCGUGAGUUACAUUCGUAACGAUAGUUAUUACAACAAAAAAGCCCGAAAGUCAGUCGACCUGAGUGCGGUGAUUGCAAAGGCUACUCCAGUUAAACAAAAUGACCAUGACGAGGCGAAGGGACGAAAAAGUGAACCAUUCAGACGAGUGAAGGCCGAAGAGUACAAUCAAGACGCUUUGAGUCAGUUGAACAACAGCUACCACUCGUUGAAGAACUAUCAGGGCAGUUGGGGUCAAAAGGCGAACUCACAGCUCUCCUCAGUUCAGGGCAGAAACUUCAAACAUGAGAAGACUAAGAAGAAACGAGGACAGUACAUGGGAGGAAUUAUUAACAUGCAAGUGAACUCAAUCAAGUUUUAAACAAAAUGUAGAUCCAGUUUGGACGAAACCCCCUGCAUUUGUUUUAUUCUUUUUUUUUUUAAUUUUAUGAAAUCCCAGAUUAUUGUAUCCGUAUACUGUUUGUAAGAGACUUGAAACAUGACAGACAUUAGUAAAAGAUGUGACAAAAAGGGUUUCGUUCACCAGAAGCGUUGUUUUAUUUCUAUUUUCUGCCAAAGCCAAUUUUCAAAUCGAGUUUAGACAUGAUUUUUUGUUAUGGUGCUAUUCUCAAAGUUUUGCGCCACGACGUUAAUCGCUCUUCAGUGGUCUGGUAAAGGGGAAAUGGUACGAGAAUCUACACUGAUUUGUUAAACUGGAUUGGCUGCUUUUGAAAUUGUUGAUGCAGGUUUUGAUCUUGUUGAGGUUUUGUUCUAAUUGGCUCAUGAUUGAUCGAUUCCUAUGGAGAUAACACGAGAAUUUAAUUUUGUGUUACCCUGA